UUUGAUGAACAUAUCUGAUUUUUACUGACUCAGACUCUUAAACCUUUUCAGGACGAUUCAAUCAAGAUGGGAGUUCGCGGACUUACCAGCUAUGUCAACUCAAUCGAAACUCUCUGGAAACGUCAGACCAAGCUCAAAAACACAAAACUUAUCAUAGACGGGUCCGGCUUAUGUAACGAUCUUUACAGGAACGCCUUCGACUGUCGACAUGGAGGCCAGUACGAAGAGUUCCACGACGCUGUACUUUCGUUUUUCAAUGCGCUUGAUUCUAACGGUGUAGAAUCCUUUGUAGUCCUCGAUGGUGCACAACAUGCAAGCGACAAAAAGUUAGAGACACGCAAGAAAAGGGCAAAUCAGAGGAUCGAAACAUCUUUUGCCUUAGCCGAGAAUCGGGCACCAGAAAACAGCGAAGACUUUCUUCUUCCGCUUUUGUCGAAGUUUGUGUUUCUGCAGGCGCUGAUGGAUCUCACGAGGGAUCACGGUGUCAAAUUCGCGGUCUGCGACAGCGAAGCAGACAAUGAAAUCGCCUCCUUAGCCAGCGCUUGGAACUGCCCUGUUUUAAGCAAUGACAGCGACUUCUUUAUCUUUGAUAUCAAAGGCGGCUACAUCCCACUUUCUUCUUUCAAUUGGAAAGCUGGUUUCUUAACUGCCGACAUCUUCUAUCGGGAAAAACUGGCAUCACACUUUGGAAUUAGCGAAGAAUUUCUUCCUUUGUUCGCUUCUUUGGUGGGGAAUGAUUACGUGAGUUCCGAGGCAUUGGCAGAGUUUAGACCCACACUGAAUUGCGGAAAAGCGUCAAGAUUUGCAAGCAUUGCUAACAUUCUGUCUCACUCCAGGACAGAAGAAGAGGCGCUCGAGUCUGCUCUACUAAUGGUAGAGUCAGUGGUAAGCAGAGAUAAACUAAGACAAGCUGUCAAGCAUUCUCUCCAGGAAUACAAGAUCACAGAGUCACAUUUGCUGCUCUAUGUCGACAGUGGUGUGGUCGACAGCUCCUUGAAGACUCAAAAUGGCCGUGAAAUUGAAGGAUGGAUUUUGCCCAAGUUUCGCAAGGGACUGUUCUCCGCCAAAUGUAUGAACGCCUUGACAACGGGGAAACACUUUCUCAGAACUCAGGUUGAAAACUGUCUGGAAGUAUCGGCUAAUCAGUGCUCUCAGCGCCUGAGGAAAGUCAUGUAUGGCAUUUUAAACGAUGCUGCAGCUCACGACGGGAGAGGAAAUAUAACGAUGGUCCAAGAAUGGGACAGAGAGGGCUUAGAGGUCAAGUCGUCAAAUGUGCCACCCUACCAAGAGGGCGUAGUCCCUGGAGUGAGUCUCAUUCCAAGCCUCAAGAAAGAUGAAAGAUUAGAGGUUUUGUUAAAUGCGCUUGAUUCAAACACAGCUUCCAUCAAGUCCUUGCCGGAGAAGUUUAAAUUAAUUGCAGCCUCACUUCGUUUUCUCGCAAGUAACGCACAGCCAUCGUUGCAGGGGAAUCACAUCACCGCCAUACUCUGCAGUUGUAUUAAACUAGAAGACGGCUCGUGGAAACAAUACAUGAAAAGCACAAUCAGUCAGUCGUUUGAUCGGCAAGCAGCACAAAGCUUUGCUCAGUGGCAGUGUGUUUUGAGAGAUGCUGUUCAUCUGAACUUUGUUUUGCUUGAGCCUGUUGAAACACCGUGUAUUCACAAAACGUUUAAUGGACAACUGGCGCACUGUCUACAGAGCGGACUUGAUCGAGGUGAGUCUUUUUCCGGAUGAAUGCUUGCUUGCUUCUUUUUCUCUAUUUCGGAGG